GGAAGAGGAAGAGGAAGAAGAAGAAGAAGAAGAAGAAGAAGAAGAAGAAGAAGAAGAAGAAAACUGCUAGAACUGUAUUGCUUGUUCGUGCAGCCGGCCUCCGUGUUGGUAAGAGGACUAACGUUGGGCACGCCUAUGUAGGGUAGCUGCUCUUGGUUCCAGAGCUGUGUGCGUGGGCCCGGAGGAGACAUCAACACUUGGAGGGGACUGGUGUGUGUUGCACGGUAAUUCAGGAUGGUGGACCAGCCUCUGUGGGAGCAGAUAGGAUCCAGCUUCGUGCAGCAUUAUUACCAGAUGUUUGACUCUGACAGAUCACAACUUGGAUCCAUAUAUAUCGAUACAUCAUGCCUUACAUGGGAAGGACAGCAGUUCCAGGGAAAAAGAGCAAUCGUUGAGAAACUCUCUAGUCUCCCCUUCACAAAAAUAGCGCAUAGUAUAACAGCGCAAGACCACCAGCCAACUCCAGACUGCUGCAUCUUGAGUAUGGUUGUAGGACAGCUAAAAGUAGAUGAUGACCCCAUCAUGGGUUUCCAUCAGAGUUUCAUUCUGAAGAACAUUAAUGAUGCAUGGGUGUGCACCAAUGACACGUUUAGGCUGGCUAUUCACAACUUUGGCUAACCCCUCCCCGCUCUGGUGGGCAGGGGCGGCCAUAGUGAAGGGCACCAAGUGAUGAAAUAUGGAGCGAGGAGAUGAGGAUGGAGAGAAGAGAGAACACUCAACCCUUCCUCCUGCUGUCUCAUUUCUGCCUGUUUGACAGACAAGCAAACACCAGAGUCUAGAUGUCAUUCACUGAACCUCAUCCAGGUGGGUUUUAAGACCACCCAGUCAGUAGAACUGCAACGUGUUCUUUGCUGAGAGCCAGCCGACCAAUCAGAUGCCCCUGUCUGCCACUCCGAUGAUCUGCAUGACGCUGGGAACCCCUUCAUUACAAUAUCUACAGUCAAGCCACCAAAAAAAAAACAAAAAAAACAGCUGACCGACGCCAUUAAACUCUUAACUCUGCUCUGCUCUCCACUCCUCUUUACUCUAUUCUAACUCAUUCUAUUCUACUGUUCACUCAAACGCUGUCAGCUCAGUUCUGUUAGCACUGUUGUUGACUGGUUUGUAGAUCCUUGUUCAGGUUCAGAGUCAGCUUUUUCACUCCUGACUUCUUGUGUUGUAAUUUGUUUUUAGGCACAACUUGUGUGUUGACUUUAGCUUGCCUUAGUGUGUUUGAGUUUUAUCUUCCUUCUACACAGUUGUUAACUUUGCCAUGAUUCAUUCUCAUGCUAGGUUUUGCUCUCGCAAACCAAAGAGUCAUGGAAAACAUAAAGUUUGACUUUGCUGUUUGAUCUUGCAUAUUCUCUUUCUCUCACACAAGUCUGGCAGUUAACAUGGACUACAGCCACGAUACACAAUAAAACCUGGACUUUUUUCUUAA